AUGGUCAAACGCAAGGUCGCUGCCCUCGAGAAGCUCGACGCUGACUUCGCGAGUCUGCAGCAGAAGAUCCGUCGCGAUCCCAAAUCGUACAAGGAGGAGUUUCUGAAGCAAUGGGAACAGUAUGAGGCGCAGCGCGAGAUCUUUCUCGUGUCUCCCGGGACCGCAACCGCCGACUCGGUCGAGUCCUUUCACAACAUUAUCGACCUGAUCGCCCACGUCGCCGAUUGCUACAAGGAGGAGACGGCGACUUUCGCCGACGAUCUCAAGGCCAUUCUAACUCAGCAUCAUGUAAUUCUGCAUCCUGAGCUGCGGGAAAAGAUCGUGGGAAGCUUGGUGCUUCUCCGACGGAAAGAGGUUAUCGACUCGACUAGCGUCCUCACCACGCUCUUCCCGAUUCUCGUGUCGUCGCCGAGCAAGACCCUGCGCGAGGUGUUGUUUCAAAAGAUUCUAAGCGAUCUGCGAAACUCCAACACCAAGUCCAUCAACCAUCCUCUUAACCGUACCAUCCAGACCGUCCUCUACAACCUCGUUACCGCCGACCGAUCCUCCCCCCGAGCUAUCUGGGCUAUUAAGAUCACCCGUGAGAUGUGGAAGCGGCAAUUCUGGACUGAUUCAAAGCCCGUCGAUGUCAUGAAGGAGGCCUGCUUGUCCGACAAUGAGAAGGUUGUGGUCGGUGCCACGCGCUUCUUCCUCGGCGGAGACAAGGAGCGAGAAGAGCUUGAGGAUGAGAGCAGUGACGAAGAUAUCGACCUCAGCCAGGUCAGGCAUCAAAUUGGAAUCAACAAGAAGACCAAGAAGACGAAAAAGGCUUAUGAGAGGGCUGUUGAGAAGGUGAAGCGUGCUGAGCGCAAGAAGGACAAGCCUCAUCCGCUCAACUUCUCCGCUCUUCACCUUCUCCACGACCCCCAGGCCUUUGCCGAGCAGCUCUUCUCGAAGCACCUACAAAACACCAAGGCAAAGCUGUCCCUGGAUACGAAACUAUUAGUCACCCAGCUGGUGACACGACUCGUCGGUCUACACAAGCUCACGAUUGUGUCCCUCUACUCCUGGUUCAUCAAGUUCCUUACUCCCCGACAACAGUCUGUCACAUCAUUCCUGGCCUCCUUGGCUCAGGCAGUGCACAACCUGGUGCCUCCUGAUGUACUGGAGCCGCUGAUUCAGAAGAUUGCGAACGAGUUUGUCUCGGAGGCCUCUGCCGCAGAGGUCGCAGCCGCUGGUCUCAACUCGAUCCGCGAAAUUUGUGCUCGACAACCUCUGGCCAUGACUGAAACCCUACUACAAGAUUUGGUUCAGUACCGCAAGAGUAAGGACAAGGGUGUCAUGAUGGCUGCCAAGGGUCUUCUUUCGCUCUACCGAGAAGUUGGCGCUGAGCUCUUGAAGAAGCGGGAUCGUGGCAAGGAUGCCACCAUCAACCUCAAGGCUGGCAUCCAGGCCCAACGCAAGUAUGGUGAGGAAGAUGCUGGUGGUAUCGAGGGUCUGGAACUCCUGGCGAAGUGGAAGGAGGAGGAAAAGAUCCGCAAGCGAGUCGCCAAGGGUCUUCCCGAGAAGGCUGGAAGCGACGAGGACGAAGAGGACGACGGCUUCAAGUCUGAUGAGUGGGAGGUUGACUCUGAUGACAGCAGCGACUCGGGUGGCUGGAUUGAUGUCCAUCACUCUUCAGAUGAGGAGGAGGAUGAGCCUGCGUCUAAGAAGCAAAAGACAGGUGAUGAUGACGAGGAUAAGAAGGAGAAGGAGGCUGAGAUUGAGCGAAUUUCUAAGCUCGCGACAACAACCAUCCUCACACCCGCUGAUCUAGCCAAGCUUCAGGAGCUUCGAACAUCCGCCGCCCUUGACAAGGCAUUGGGCAACCGAAAGAAGCGCCAGGAGAUGGAGCAGCGACAUAUUGAUGACGGUCUGACGUCUGAGCAGAUCGAGGCACCCGCCCGUCUGCGCAAGUUGACCAAGGAGGAGCGCGUUGCUCUCGCCAAGGAAGGCAAGCCAGACCGCGACGAGCACAAGAGCACACAGGCGAUCCGAAAGUCCAAGCUGCAGGCUUCGGGCAAGAGUACAAGCAACAGGGAGAAGGAGCGCAAGAAGAACAUCUUUAUGACCAUGGGCAAGGCCAAGAGCAAGCACAAGAGGAGUCUGGUGGAGACGAGAAAGGUGCUCAGAGGGCACGUGGAGAGGAGUACCAGGGGAGGUCGCAGGAGGAACGGAACAUAA